AAGGAACAAGCCAAAUCGACCGACAAAAACGUCGAAAUCAUUAAGGGCUAUAGAGCUAAAAUCGAGGCGGAACUUUCUAAGUACUGCGACGAUGUCUUGGACGUUUUGAAGAACAACUUGUUACCAAAUGCAGGCUCAGCGGAAGGCAAAGUCUUCUAUAAGAAGAUGGAAGGCGAUUAUUAUAGAUACUACGCCGAAUUCACCGUCGACGAGAAACGAACUGAAGUCGCUAAUAAGUCUUUGGCCGCUUAUACCGAAGCAACUGAGAUCUCAAACGCUGAACUCCCACCAACCCACCCAAUUAGAUUGGGCCUCGCUCUUAACUUCUCUGUCUUCUACUACGAAAUCUUGAACGACGCUGAUAAGGCUUGCCAACUCGCAAAACAGGCUUUCGAUGACUCAAUUGCUAAGCUCGAUGAUGUCCCUGAAGCUAACUAUAAGGACUCAACCCUCAUCAUGCAACUCCUCAGAGACAAUUUGACUUUGUGGACUACCGACAACGCUCAGGACGACGCUUAA